AUGGGCCUACAUGACGACUUACAAGGUGACCACGGGUCAGACUCCGUUCCAACUCAUGUAUGGGCAGGAAGCGGUGGUGCCAGCGGAAUUCAUGGUGCCAAGCCUUCGCAUUGCGGUAGAGAACAAACUCGGGGAUAUGGAGAGCCUAAGAGAGAGACUGGGCCACCGUGCGGGGGACCACCGGCGGUGGGAGCACCAACGGUGGAACCACCGUGCGGUGAUAACAUUGGCGGCGGACCACCGACAGUGGAACCAUCGUGCGGUGGGAACACCGACGGUGUGCCCACCGACGGUGGAGCCACCGUGCGGUGGAGACAACCGUGCGGUGGACGCCCGCACUUAAAAGCCCCACAAAUGCAAAACAUAAAUAAAUACCCCGCAACACAGCCCACGCAAGGGAAAAAAAAGAAGAAGAAGAAAACCCACAGCCCGCCCACGCACGAAGAAAGACAUGCAGCCCAGCCCCGCACAGCAACGCAGCUAUACACAACCGAAGAAGGUGGUUAUGAAGGUGUCCAACGACCGCACGAUUUUUAA